AUCCGUGCUUUGAAUGGGCAGGUUCUGCUCGAGCUGACGGACGCGGACUUGGAAGUGGGGUUGGGCAUCACGCAGCCGAUGCACCGCAAGAAGCUGAGGCUGGCGAUCGAGGAGCGAAGGCGGCCGGAUCUGGUCCGGAACCCGAGUAUAGGGCAGCUGACACAUGCCUGGGUGGCCGCGGAAUGGCUGCCGGAUUUGGGUCUAUCACAGUAUGCCGAGUCAUUUUUGGCGAACUUAGUGGAUGCUAGAAUGCUGGACACCAUUAGCAAAAAGGAGUUGGAGAAGUACCUCGGUGUGACGAGGAAGUUCCACCAGGCGUCGAUAGUCCACGGCAUACACCUGCUUAGGAUAAUGAAGUACGAUAGACAGGCUUUGGCUGUGAGACGGCAUCAGUGCGAGAACGUGGACGCAGAUCCGCUUGUGUGGACCAACCAGAGGUUUAUGCGGUGGGCGCACAAUAUUGAUUUAGGUGAAUUUGCUGAAAAUCUAAAAGACAGUGGAGUGCACGGUGGUUUGGUGGUUCUCGAACCAUCGUUCACAGGGGAGACCAUGGCAACAGCUUUAGGCAUUCCACCCUCUAAGAGCAUAAUUCGGAGACAUUUGGUCGCUGAAUUCGAUGCCCUCAUCAUUCCAGCCAGGAAUAUGUUCGGCCAUCAAAUCCGAAUGUUGGGUAGACCAUUUUCGAGAUCUGUUGCCACUGGUUUACCGGGUAUUGAUCUCAGUGGAGAUUCUAGAAGACAUAGCUUAAGGGGAUCAAUAACGCGAGCUCUUGGAGUUCUGAAGCCAAAACACGAUCGCACCUCACCCUCCAGUUCAAGCGAGAGUUCCAGCGUCCUCAGCCUCACAAACCAGCCAUACCAGAUGUCGUACUCUCCCCCCAUCGCAGUGAGAACUCUGUCGCAAUUGAGCAUGACGUAUGCGCCGCCUCCAACGCUGCAAGAAUAUGAGCCGAUAUACACACCGCUAAGUUUGUACUCGCAGUCUAGUGUGUCAACGAGGGAUAGUCUGCAGCGGCUGAAUGACAUAAAGGAGAACGUCAGCAUCACGCACAGGUACGGACAGAAAGCUGACCACGCGCACAGGGUAAGUUCGCCGCUACCUGCAAAGUCUGUGGACGACUCUGCUGUCAGACAGAAGCGGCAUAGGCGAGUGAAGAGCAUUGGCGACAUCAAUGCUUGCACCAAGACCUCUGUGUAGGCAGGCCCUUACAGUGUAACGAAACGGUUCGCGCCAAAUUACGUAGUUAAGAAUAAUCAUGAGGAUUUUACGGAAAAGAAAUACAUUUUUCAUAAUUUCAGAUAUCAACAGUUUUAAUUAAGUAGGUAGUAUCUACUUAUAGUUUAUGGGUCCUGUGGCUGAAAUGAUCACGAUGAUGAUGUUGAACUUUGUCAUUUUCAGCUUGGUAUUUGUUAAAUCAUUCAGUUGACUUCAACUUAAUUUUACCAAACAUAAAUACGAGUAUUCCUAAAAUCACAUUAUUAUUCAAUAUUCACAUCAUAUUUAUACAUAGUGAAUUAUAGUUUAAUCAUAGUAAUAACUUUGGGGUUUGCGGAAUUUGGCGUGAAUUGUAUGAAUCGAUGUUUGCAGCACGCUAAAUAUAAAUUUUAGAAGAAUUCUGAAUGUAUAACUUGUACCUACUGUUGUAAUAUUUUUGUAACGUAACGAUGUACCAAAAAGAUAGUCAUAGAAAAUGUACUUGAGAAAAUGCGUGUUGCAGAUUCCUUAGUAUUAAAAUGAGUAAACGCCCUACAUUUAUGAAAUAAAC